UCAUUACAUUCAAACCCAUUUGAUUCUUGCAAAGCUGUGUGAAAAUGUCUGGCCGUGGAAAGGGUGGUAAGGGAUUGGGAAAGGGAGGAGCAAAACGUCACCGGAAAGUUCUCCGGGAUAACAUUCAGGGGAUCACAAAGCCGGCGAUUCGRAGACUGGCGAGAAGAGGCGGAGUGAAGAGAAUCAGUGGAUUGAUAUAUGAAGAAACUCGAGGUGUGCUGAAGAUCUUCUUAGAAAACGUGAUUCGUGAUGCAGUGACUUACACGGAACAUGCUCGCCGGAAAACGGUAACCGCCAUGGAUGUUGUAUAUGCUCUUAAGAGGYAGGGACGRACUCURUAUGGGUUUGGAGGCUAAGUUUUCCUAUUCGAUUAUGGUACCAAAUAGAUCUGAUCAAUGCAAAUGCUUACUCUGAUUCUGAUGUAUUUGAAUUCAAUGAAAUUUCAACUUUGUUGUAUAAUCUGAUCUUGCAUCUUUGAUUCAUCAUCGUUUUGGGUUUGUUUUUUGUGGGUUAGAUCAGUAUUUGUUUGUAAUGUUUGGGAAGUAAAUCAGUUUACAGUUUUAUAUGA